CUGUUAACCGUGUACGUUCGGUUUUGACCCUUGCUUAGUUUCUAUAAGUUCUGAAUUAAUCUUUAUACAAAAUUAGUAAAUAAUAAAUACUUUCUCUAUAUUUAAAAAUGGCCAAAGCUGCAACAUCUUUGGGAUCCAAGCUACCUAUAAUAAUGAAAGGUAUGAUGGAGAGUUCAAAGCCAAAACUUGCAACUUUUGUUAAGUAUGCUAAAGUUGAACUUGUCCCUCCCAAAAUGUCAGAAAUGCCUGAAGUUAUGGCUGGGUUUGGUCGUUUAAUGAGGUCUGCAAAAUCUGGAGCAUGGAAACAAUAUACCAUGAAAGAAGCCUGGCUGAAUACAUUGAUAGCAGCAGAAAUUUAUUUCUGUUUCUGUAUAGGCGAAUGCAUUGGAAAAGGAAGUCUAUUGGGUUACCAAGUCUAAACUAUAAUAUUCAUCAACUUUGUUUAUUGGAUAUUAUAGAAAACAAAUUUAAUGUAAACAGAAUAAAGUGUCUGUGAAUUAGCUAAAUUGGAUGUAAUUGUCUUCAUUUCUGGAUUUCACAAAGAGAUACAUAUUUGUAUGCUAAACAUAAUUAAAUCUAUGCAUUUUUCUCUUU